GUACUUCUGUAGUCUACACUCAAUCGUUUUCUUCGCAGGUUCUAUACUUCUCUCCAUAUAAGUUUUGUGGGAGAACUUCCAUUUUCACUAUAAAAUAUAAUUCUAUUUAUCUGCUCUUUCAUUCCCAAUUUCUUUCUAAUUUUUGAACUGGGUUAUAGUAUCUAAUUCAAAAUGGUUGAGGAAAAAGCCUUCAUCGCUAAAGAUGUGACUGAAUUGAUUGGUAAUACGCCAUUGGUAUAUCUCAACAACGUUGUUGAUGGUUGUGUUGCUCGCGUUGCUGCAAAGCUGGAAGCCAUGGAACCAUGCUCUAGUGUUAAAGACAGGAUUGGUUACAGUAUGAUUACAAAUGCAGAAAAAGAGGGGUUAAUUACUCCAGGAGAGAGUGUCUUGAUUGAGCCUACCAGUGGAAAUACUGGCAUUGGAUUAGCCUUCAUUGCAGCAGCUAAACGUUACAAGCUCAUCAUUACGAUGCCAGCAUCAAUGAGUCUUGAGAGGAGGACUAUUCUCAAGGCUUUUGGUGCUGAGCUUGUCCUUACUGAUCCAGCGAAAGGUAUGAAAGGGGCGGUUCAAAAGGCUGAAGAGAUCCGUGACAAGACUCCUAAUUCAUAUAUCUUACAGCAGUUUGAAAACCCUGCCAACCCCAAGAUUCAUUAUGAAACAACCGGGCCAGAAAUUUGGAAAGGCACAGGUGGAAAGAUUGAUAUUCUCGUCUCUGGAAUAGGGACUGGAGGUACAGUUACAGGUGCAGGGAGAUACCUAAAGGAACAGAAUCCAGAUGUUAAGCUAAUUGGUAUCGAGCCAGUGGAAAGUGCUGUAUUGUCUGGAGGAAAACCUGGCCCGCAUAAGAUUCAAGGACUUGGAGCUGGAUUCAUACCUGGUGUUUUGGAUGUAAAUAUUCUUGAUGAAGUGGUCCAGAUAUCAAGUGAAGAAUCUAUCGAAAUGGCCAAAUUACUCGCCCUCAAGGAAGGUCUGCUGGUCGGAAUUUCAUCUGGUGCUGCUGCUGCUGCCGCCAUAAAAGUGGCACAGAGACCUGAAAAUGCUGGAAAACUCAUCGUUGCGGUCUUUCCAAGUUUUGGCGAGCGAUAUUUAUCCACGGUGCUGUUUGAAUCAGUUAGGAAGGAGGCGGAGACCAUGGCCAUAGAAUCUUAAGUUGAAGUUUCCAUUGAUGGUCUCGGAUACAUUAAAGGCUUCAUACUCUGUUCACUUGGUCUUCUCUCACUUUUCUACUGUUUCCGUUUUCUUUUCUCGUAGACCUGCAUAUCGUUGUCUACCUUGUGUAUUGAAAUAAUGCCAGUUGUGUUGCUGAUCCUAGUCUUCCUGCACUGGCAACUAUGGAGUGUGUUGUAUGAAAACACUUUUAUAUCCUGCAAUUUACAUUCUAUUGAUUCCCUUCAUGUUGAA